AAAUCCAUUGCUGCUAAAGUUGACGCUCAGGAGAGAUUUAUUAUGACUAUAUACCCCAUAAAUCUCUUAUUACAACGAAUUGGCACCGAUCACCAUGGCGGAAUCUGUCUACACCGAUUACCCCCCCUCUCUGAACCCCGCACAGAAGGACUUCCUCGUGAGGACGGUCAAGGAUUGGGCGACACAAAAUGGCCUUAUGGUCAGACCUGCACCUACAUUCGUCUCGAAAGAAUCCGACCCUCGCGGCGUAUUGGCGACAAAUGCACCGGUGACUCUGUUUCCUAGCCCGUUUCCGAGGACGUGCUUCGAAGAGGCCAAGGCGCUGCAGACUCUGUACAAUAAGCUCUAUGCCGCGAUAACAUGCAAUGAAGAAUGGAUUGGCAAAAUUAUGGAAGAUCUUAUUGACGUUGAUGACUUCAUCUCGAACCUCUGGAAAGUGCAUCUUGCCGUCAAGGAAGAGGGCUACGCUCAAACACUUUCUCUCGGUCUUUUUCGAUCUGACUAUAUGGCACACGCUCCGUCAACUUCAACGAUUCCCGAGUUAAAACAAGUGGAGUUCAACACAAUUUCUUCAUCUUUUGGCGGAUUGUCGUCACUAGUGGCGUCCUUGCAUUCUGAACUCUUAGAUUCUCCCCCGGGCAGCCCCAUCGCUUACCCGUCACACCCUUUGCUGAAGCCAAAAGCCAUCCCUGAAAAUACUGCAGUAGAGACGUUGUCCGCAGGUUUGGCAACGGCUCACACCGCGUACGGGCAAUCCAAGUCGCAACCACAGCUGCCUACAUGUAUCUUGUUCGUGGUCCAAGAAAAUGAACGAAAUAUAUUCGACCAGUUGGCUCUUUCGCGCCAACUCACGAAGGUCCACAAGAUACCGGUCUUCCGUUUGCUAAGCUCCGAGAUUCUCGACCAUACCUACAUCCCCAGCUCCAAUCCCUCACGUCCUCUGAUCUACCGCCCGCCAUAUGCCGAAGAGAUACACUUUGAAGUAACAACCGUCUACCUCCGUUCUUUCUACACACCAACCGACUACAACUCCAACCGUGACUGGGAGGCCCGAACUCACCUUGAGCGCUCCGCAGCAAUCAAAUGCCCAACAGUCCUCAACCAACUCUCGGGCUCCAAAAUUGUUCAGCAGGUCCUUGCCACGCAAACGGGACAGGACCAUCUCGCAACCUUCCUUGCCGACACUGACCCAGCUCUCAUUUCCCGUCUCCGCGCAACCUUC